AUGGACGUUCUUUCAAUGUGUUCGUCGUCUCCAAACCAAUCUAUCCCGAGGAAAACUUCGGUAUUUGCUCCUUCAACAUCUCAUGCUCAAAGUUUGCCUUCUCCACCGUUGGUUGAAAUGGCGAAUGAGAAAAAGGGACACCCACUCCCUUCCUUAACUUCUAUUUUACGGUCUCCUGUACCUUCCCUGCAUGAGAUUAGUUCUAAUCCGCCAGCAAUAAUGCCAAAACCGCUUCAUAAUACAUCGUCUGCUUCUAUUGUCAACCUUCAAAAUUCUUCAUAUCAACAACGAUCGUCUACUCCGCCAAGCCCUCCUUCGCAAUUAAAUUAUCAAAAACCACCCCUGGCGCGUAGGUCGAGUUUCAGUUCUUCCCCUUCAUAUUCAUUACCGCCACCACGUUGUGACACUACUAGCUCAAUGUGGUCAAGACAACAACAACCACAACAACCACCUCCUCCUCCUUCUUCAUCAUACUAUCAACAUCAACAUUCUCCACCGACACAGUAUCAAUACGCUUCACAAUCACAACAGCAACGAUUCACUAGUAAUUAUUCUCAUUCGUCCGUUACCACUUCCUCAACUUCAGAUUAUCCCCCUCCAUAUGCUACUUCUACUUCAUAUACAUCUACGGGGAAUAAUAUCCCCAGAGAUGAAGAUUCACCUUAUAUCCAACAAACCACAGAACAAUCCCUUGUUAAAAUAGGGAAGGUUAUAGACAAUUGUAACCAAAUCGCUCAAUUUGCUUCGCAAUAUCGUGACAUGAAAAUUAAUCAUAAUCCUUGGAAUGGUAUCGUUCUUCAACUGAACGAGUCCCAUCUGACAGAUAUGAUAAAUAAGGCUUAUGAUGUAUUAAAUGUCUUGUCUGGUCUAAAGAGUGAAGUAUCUGCAAGAUUUCAUGCCGAGACAAGUCAAGAUGAAAUUGAUUUGAUUCGUAAGCAGAGAACGAGUAUUUCCACAUCUACACGGACAAAAUACAGGAAACGAAGUAAGCGUGCAGCGCCUCCUGGAAGAUGUCAUUCCUGUAAUAUAUCUGAAACUCCUGAGUGGCGUCGUGGUCCCGAUGGUGCAAGAACGCUAUGUAACGCUUGUGGUCUUCCGAAUUCUUCAAACAUGAGCAUGAGCUCAUCGUCAUCUUCACUUGAUAAUAAUAUCAAUGGCUCGAUAAUGUCAACUCCUGGUGUUUCGGACAUAGAAAGAGAUUCUCCUCACGCUAAGCGAGCAAGAAUUGAUAUGAUUGACAUGUUUGAAGAUUGA